AUGGUGGCGAAAAUGGUGGCAGCAUCAUAUGAAGAUAGCCGUCGCAAAAGAAUGGAAGAGAAUCGGAAGAGGAUGGAGGCUCUCAAUCUCACUCAGCUCUCUCAAUCCCUUCACAAAUCAUCUUCUCCCAUUUCAAAACCCUCGCCGUCCAAACCUCGCACCGUCAAGAAAGAGCUCGUCGUUGUUCGAAGAUCCGGCCGUGUCGCCAACUUACCUGCUCCGGAUUACAAAGAAAUUCUUAUUGAUCGCGUUAUAAUGUCUGGAAAUAGAUCUUCAAGAGGUGGUUAUAAUAUGUAUAGAGAUUAUUCGAAGCGUGUGUAUGCUUCCGAUGAAGCUCGAGUGGAAGCAUUGGACAAGGCGGAGAAGUUGCAGUCCGAAUUGAACUCGCCACAUCCAAUUUUUAUUAAGACAAUGCUCCAAUCUCAUGUCACUGGUGGAUUCUGGCUGGGUCUUCCAGUUCAUUUCUGCAAGCAAAACCUUCCAGAAAAGGAUGAAGCGAUGACCUUGAUUGAUGAGGAUGGAGAUGAGUAUCCAACUACAUUUUUGGCUUAUAAAACAGGACUUAGCGCUGGAUGGAGAGGUUUUGCCAUUGCCCAUAAACUUGCUGACGGUGAUGCAUUAAUUUUUGAACUAGUUAAUCGCACUACAUUCAAGGUGUACAUUAUUAGAGUGAAUCCUUCAGAGGGUGAAGAUCUCGAGUGA